AUGCUUCACUUGGUAAAUAUAUUUUUUUGCUUCAGUGUUGGCAAUGAAACGCUCUGGCACAGAUUGAGCCAGCGAAUUGCCAUCAGGGAGAAGAGAGCUGCCGAGAUAAUGCGGCAACUUCUAGACCUCACCAACCAGAUGCAUCGAAAGGGUGUCGUUCAUUUAGGCCUUCAGCCGGAUAGCAUCUUCUUCAGACAACCGAAGUCAACCCAAGUCCAUCUGGCUGGAGCCGGUCAGUCGCAAUGGCUCUCUGAGGAAAGACCGGUCCGCUUACGUUUCCGCUCGCUCGUUUACCUGCCACCUGAACUCUCCGAGUGUUGGACUACGUCACAUGCAUAUUUAGGCAGACAUUCCGCAGCUACUGAAGGUUUAAGAGGCAGUGGUGGACUGGUUGGCCCGGCAACCGAUGUAUACUCUUUAGGUGUUGUGCUAUACCAAAUGAUAACAGGCGAUUUAGAAAGGCGCCCUGACGUCUCUCGAUUGGAGUCUGGCAAGUACACGCCUGAACUUAUCGACUUAGCUCGACAGCUUUUGCAAGCUGAUCCAAAGUUGAGGCCCACCGCAUCUGAGGCACUUCAUCAUCCUUGGUUCACCAGUAUUCGACAGGUUCAUGAGCUCAGCCCAACUUUACAGAGUGAUUCAAAAUCUUGCAUUGUUAGGAGAGCCAUUGACAAGGGCAAUGAGACAUCGUAUAGCGACGAAGAGGGCGUACAGGAAGAGGAGGAAAAGAGUAACUUCUCAAAGCGUCAGGAGGCUGCAAAAAAGACCGCACAACAGGCCUACAAACGACUACUCCGUUGGUUAGAUGAAAAAUCGUAUAGCAACGCGGAAGAGACACAUGAAUGCAAAAGUCAUAAGCGACGACGCACACUUCUCUACAAAGAGGAUGGGGAUGAUGAAGAGUUGGUCGUGAAUGUGCGCUUAGAGCCUCGAGGACGCCCACCAAAAAUCCUGACCCCAUUGACCAAUGCAUACGUGAAUGAGGGCGCUGAUGCCCUACUUAAGUGCCUAAUUUAUCUGCCAAUGGAGACUUCCAUUGCUCUUGAGUCCGCCCGACACUAUCCACCUUUCUCAGGCAUUGCGAAUGAGCACUUCGAUGACCUUGUUGCCACAUGGUCCCUAAAUGGCCGCGAAAUUGAUAUGCAAAGUCGCAACUCCGACGGUUUGCGACGUUACGAGUCACGAAUUGAUCCUGGCACUGGCCAGAUCAGUCUGCUGAUUCGCAGCGUCAAUGUCUAUGAUGCCGGAACUUACUCGGUGUUGUUGCAGAGUCGGAACGGUGAGAUCUCUGAUUCUGCUUACCUACGUGUGAUGGAACGUCGAUCGUCUCUCGGCGGCGGAGGAAGCGGAGCCAGUUUACCAGAUCUGGAGGCUGAACUUGCUGCCCGUAUCAACCUACCCUUGAUGGAUAUCGUGGUGACGGGUGGUGGGCAACUGCACCUACGAGCACGCGUUACUGGUGUGCCGCUUCCUCGAGUCACCUGGCUUCACAACGGCGCCCCAUUGGUGGGCCAUCCGAACUGCCGGAUCUGGAAAGACGAAGCAAGCGGUCAUGGCCGUGACCAAGUCACGCAUCAUCUUGAGGUGCCCGAAGUCAGCUCAGCCGACUCAGGUGUGUAUAGCUUUGUGGCGACUAACAAACACGGUUCCGAGGCCUGUUCCAGCUUUGUUGAGGUACUGGGUGAGCGCACAGCCGGCCAAGCACCUCCUGUCUUUCUGGAUGAGCUGAUGAGCUGCACCGUGGUCGAAGGCAGCGCCGUCCGCCUCGAGGCUCGUAUGUCUGGCUCUCCUCCACCGACCACGCGUUGGCUGAAGGAUGGCAAACCAAUCUUGGUUGAUGGUUCCCGCGUUACCACCCACUGUGAUGUGGAAGAUACGGUACUGGGCAGGACGCGAGCUUAUCUCGUAGUCAAGGAGAGCCUACCUCGAGACAGUGGGACCUACACCUGCAUUGCAAGCAACUGUGCUGGCACCAGUAUCUCGGAGGCCGCAAUCCAUGUCAGAGGGCUUUUCGCUCGACCUGGCUCUCGAGCUAGCUCCGAAGCACCAUUUAGUAUCGGCAUGCGUCGGCGAGCUCCUGAGUUCACACGUCGCCUCCGCAACCAGCAAAUCAUACUUGGCCAAUCCAUUCGCUUGGCUGCCUCUGUGUUGGCAACGCCUAGUCCCAAUGUUAUUUGGCAGAAAGACGGCGUCACUCUGCCGGUGACGGAGGAUGUAGGCCAGUCGGGCGCCAAAUAUCUGGCCAAAGUGAGUACUUUAUUUAUUCUGCAGGUGUGA